AAGAGAAUAUAAGAAGAGGGGAGAAUAAAAAGACAUGUGCGGAAAAGAGAGAAAGUGAGAGAAUAGAAUGGAAAAAGAAGUGACAGAGUGGGAGGGUAUGAAGACAGUUUGAUACAGGAAGAGAAAGGAGAAACGAGGGAGUGAAAAUCAGACAGAGAAAGGAAGAGGGAAUGAAAGAUGUAUUGGGAAACACAGACAGGUGGAUAUUAUGCUUCCUAUUCUCUUUACGUAGGCUGAAUAAUAACGAAAUAUAAACAGAAGUGUCUGAUCACCAGAGAGCUGGACGUUAAACACCUUCAACCAACUAUACGAUUCAUCCAUUGAUAUCAACAACGUCAACACCAUCUCACUGUGUCCACUACAGCUUGUGCGCAUAUACAUACACACAUACACUCAAACACACACACACACACACGCCCGAUUUAUACAGUUUCAGUUCUGGUAUUUGCAGCGGAAGAGAAAGGAUUUUGAUGUGUUGCAUGGACUGAAGCUAUUUGACUGCAAAGCCUAGCUACUGACGGACUACCACCACCACUAUCACUAUCACUAACAUCACUUCCAUUAUCGACAAAAGGAGCCAGGCAAUCGGUUCACUCAUUUGUCUGUAUGAAGCAGAGAUCAAUUGGAUGGCCACUAGUGCCGCCCGAAUCAUGUCUACACGGACUGAUCGCUUGGAUGAAUUCCGCUGCGAUGCCCAAGUGGCUGUAGAACUAAGUCAGUUGGCUAGCUGGCCUAUAUUGAACUUUCAAGUUGAUGGAAACUCCCUCAGCUUUAAGUUGAUUGAAAAUAAUGAAGAGAAAAGCUUUAUAUUCAAUGUUUCUGAAGAUUACCCUGAUAACUGCAUUUUAUCCAGCCUAAAUGAUGGCACUUUCCGGCCAGUUUCUUGUCGUGUCCUCAAACUUCUGGAUGCCCUUGUCCAUAAAGAUAAUGUGUUAGUAUCAACAUUGAAUACAAUGGAGGUAUCAGAUAUUGGAUAUGAUCUGCAGCUGACAACAGAUGAAAGCUCGGAUUCUUCAGAAAACUCUGAAACCUUUGUCCCAAGUACAGACAGUUCUGAAACGGAGUGUAGUAGUGAUGAGAACAAUGACUUCAUUAUGCAUGAGGAUCUUGAAAUGCUUGAAGAAGUGCAAGUAAAUCCAGCACUUGACAAGGACAUGGAACAAAUAAAAAAUUUAUUUGGUGAAGAAUCCAUAACGUACAGAUUGUUCACCUAUAUUGAUAAUAUAGAUGUUGAACUCAAUAUUUAUCCAACAUUUUUGGAGAAAACCGUUGCCGAAGCUUGGAACAUGAGCCGUCAAGAACCUUUAGUUGUUCGUUUAAAUGUUUCUUUGAGUUCUUAUCUGGAUAACCCAGAGAUUCCAAAAGUUGAAGUAUUCCAGCCGUCCAAGAAAGAUCAGCCUUGGGGUAUUGGUUGCCAAAUCAAAAAAAUUGUGGAGACCUUUGUAUCAAAUCAGUGGCGUAAAGUGGCUAACAGAGAUGUACUUAGGGCACAUUCUAUGGCACCAAAAUCUCAGAGUAUGCCUUGCCAUAUUUCUGAUCAUUGUGAACAAUCUACAAGCGCAUCAAAUACCGAUCAUUUGUGUCAUCCUUCAAGUAAAUGUAGCAAGAACAAAGAAGACAAUCACAUCCCCUCAAUAACUGAUAGAAAUACAAACUGUCCAAGUCAUGAAAGCAAUAACAACAGCCACCACAAUCACAACAGCAGUAGUAGCAGUAGCAGCAGUAGUAGCAGCAGCAGUAGCAGUAGCAAUAACAACAACAACAAUAACAACAACAAUGAAAGUGCUCCUUCUGGUGGUGCUGCGGCCAUUUCUUCCAGCCCCUCAACAUUUUCACCAAUCAAAGUGGGCAAGCUCAGCCUCAGUCGGAUUUUGCGGCUUGCCUCUUCAGCAACAGUUCCAAAUCUUAGCCACUCUUUUACAAGAGAUCUUAGUUUGGUCCCAUCAACAACAGCUGAUGGAGAAAGAUCCAAACGGAUUCCUUGCCUAGAGUAUGGAUUUUUAUCUCAGGUUUAUUUGUAUACUCGCCAACGUAUACCAACAUUAAAUGAAUAUUGUGUUGUUUGUGAUCAAGCCCAUUUAUUUCAAAACGGGUCAAUGCUACAGCCUGCUGUCUGUGCUCGAGAGUUGUGUUCUUUUGCUUUCCAAGAUCUUGGUGUAAUGAGUACUGCCACCACUGCCAUGGAUACUGGUGCUGAGGUUGUUGACUUGUUAAUAUCAAUGACAAAAGCUGCCUGCAAAUCUAACCGCCGUGAUAUCAUCUUUAACCCUUAUCCUACAAUCAUAGAUCCAGAAAAACCCACAGAGUUUGGCCUUCAUCCUAAGCAUAAAGACUACAAAAAAGUGAAAUCUAUUUUAAAAGUGUUUCCAACAAUGUCAGAGAUGUUAUGGAACUCUGGGAAAGAUUUACAGAAAAUUAUGGAUGAAAGGAACCGUUUAGCUUAUCCAUUGUUGCAAUGGAUUAUCACAAGUAACAGAUCCCAUAUUGUUAAACUGCCUCCAACAGAUCAACUGACAUUUAUGCAUACCAACCACCAGUUUUUACUGCUCAGUGCAGCUCCAGCUAAAGAAGAAAUAUUCCGUACAGCAAGAGACAGACAUGGCAGCACAUUUGCUUUCCAUGGUUCAAGUAUUGAGAACUGGCAUUCUAUACUGAGAAUUGGUCUCCUUAAUGCAUCAGGAACAAAAUAUCAGGUGAAUGGUGCAGCCUACGGUAAAGGGAUAUACUUGAGCCCAAUCUCCAGCAUAUCCUUUCGCUAUUCUAAGAUGGGUCAUGGCUUCUACACAUUUCACACAGCUCCAAAUACAACUACUAUACCUCAGCAUAAAAAUAGAUUCUUACAGAGUGAUAACAUAAAUUGUAUAGCCCUAUGUGAAGUUGUCAAAGCUCCUGAGUUGGAAAAACAUGGCAAUGUCUGGGUGUGUACAAAAAGUGAAUAUGUGUGUACUAGAUUUUUCUUUGUGUAUGAAGAUAGCCAAGUUGGCAGCGCUGAAAUUAAUACGCAAAGGUCUGGGGUGGAAUCUCAGAUCUUGAAAGCAGUGCAAUGUCGUAUGAAUGCCAUGAGAGACAAAUGACUUCAAUGAUAAUUGUCUUGAUGGUCAAAAAUUGCUGAAACAAACAUGCUUCCCAAUUCAAGCUGUGAUAUCUUCCACUCCCUCCAGCUCAUCCAAGAACCAAUAAUGUUAGUGACUAUCUCAAAAUAUGUCAAUUGAUUUUUUUUUUAUCUUUAAAAGAAAGCUGUUAUAAGCAAAACAAGUCCAAAGCUAAACAUGAACAAAUAACACAUAUCAUCACCAUAUUCAUUGUCUGGGAAUAAAAACACUAUAACAUGUACAGAUUGAAAGUAAUAAUAUAACCUUUCCUACAGAGUUCUUUUCAUGGUUGUUGAUAAUUUUCAUCAUAUGAUGAAUAUUGUAUAGAUUUCUUUGAAUUGUUUUUCCCUUUUUAUAUCAACUAUAGUAUUUAUUAUGUGCAUCAAAAUUCAGACAUUAAUUCUCUUUCCCCAAUGUCCUCUACUUUGAAAUGAAACAGUGUAGUGGUAGGUAAUGAAAGAAACACACACUCAGACACACACAUAUAUAUAUACCUGAAAUAAUAUGUAAUAUAAAAGAGAGAGAAAUAGAUGUUUUCCAUUCAAUAGUGCCGAAACUUUGAAGGAAAAAGUCAACUUCAAGCAUCAAUGGUAAAAGAUUAACAGCAGCAAGUUAACAACCUCUGCUUGAUUCUAUAAUUAUGGCAGACAGGAACAAAAUAUUGGUUGUACUUUGUAGUUGUUAAGGAGAGAGAAAUUUAGUUUUCAUUGAAGCAAAUUUUAUAAAUGUUCUUGAUAUGAGAAUUUAUGAAAAACAUUUUAUUCCUUUUCUCUGUUUUUGAAAAGCAUUAUUCUCUGUGAAUAACAUACAAAAGAUUUCUUCCAUCCUAAUAGAUUAUUCUAAUUGUUAAAACAAUAUUCUUCUCUUGUGAAAGAGCAACUUUUCAUAACUACUGCAUCUUGUGAUUCCUCAAUGAAUGAAUAUUUUCACAGAUAUCACUUUGGUAAUAUAACUAUUUUAUUAAGACUUCCUGAAUUUUAUUUUUCAUUAUUUGUUUCAGCAUCACCAAGAUAUUGUCAUACUGAUUUAAAAUGAAACAGUGUUGCUGAAAGUACAUAUGCAAUAUAGUGCACAAAGUUGGUGCAGGGAACAUUAGCUAUAACAUAAUGCAUAAUGUGUAACAAAAUACAUGUACCAUAGCUAUGUAUCACUGCAAUGAUGUAUAGUGUGAUAUAUAUAUGUAUAUACAUGACUGUUAUGAUGCACACCAUGGUAUAUACACCAUUGCCAAGAUGUGCACCUUUGUUAUAUGUGUAUAUAUAUAUAUAUAUACACUGCUACAUAAACAAUAGCAUUCAUGGUACAUAUUGCUCAACCUGGUAUAUUCCACACCACUUCUGUAAUGUACACUAUGGUAUAUAGACCAUUCCCAUCAUUUAUUUAUGGUAUAUACACUCAGCAACAGUAUUCAAUAUUUUACAUGUUGACUAUCAUGGCUGGGUGUAUAUACCAUGAAUAUAUGAAAGCCAUAUAUAUAGCACUAUCGUGGUGUACAUUAUAGUAUACUCCACUGCCAUAAUGUUUCUAUUUAUAUACAUCAAAUUUACAGAUUGUGGUGUAUAUAGUUCUGCCUUGAUGUACAUUUUUUUUAUUCAAGCAUUAUAUUAAAAAGGAAACAAACCUGAAGUGAUUAUCAUAAGAGACACUGGAAAUAACCAAAGUUGGCAUUUCUAAAGUUAGAGAAAGACAGAAACAUAAAAAUGUUAUUUUGAAACUAAAAUCCAAAAUAAAUAUUGUUUACAAUUUGGAAAUGGACCAAGAUAUUCUAAUUGCCCAUUGACAAAGAAUUUCAUAUUUUGAGAGCCAUAUUUGCUAUGCAUCUUUGCCCUAUCUUCUCAUGUCUAAAAACAUACCUGAUAGAUAUGUUUUGUUGGUACCAUAUAAUCAUUCAUAUAUGUGGUAAGAUGAUUUCCUGGCUGAAAAGUAAUGAAUCUAUCUCCCUUAAGAGACACUAGGUAAGACACCUUGUGGAUGCCAAAAGGUAAAAUUGAUGUAUUACCAGAUGGAUUCAAACUCCAACUAGAAAGUCUCAUAUAAGAAUGAAUAACAGUGUUAUUAUAGUUAUGUCAUUACUAAAGCAUGAAUGAUUACUGUUAACUAUUAUUGUUGUCAUUUUUAACUUGAAUACUUCUCAUUCUAAAACAAAUCUGUAGUUUUCAACUAAACAAGCAUAAUUUCAGAAAUAAUAUGAUAUAUAAUCUUUUAUAUUGUUUAUUUAUGCCUUUUAUGCCAUUUGUUGUAAAUAUUGAAUGGUAUUGAAUUUAUUUUCUAGAAACAUUAUGAGAAAUAUCUUGCAAUUCCAUCAGAUUAUAUAUUUCUUUUACAUCACAAGAGAAUAUUUGACAAACAUGUCGGUUGGUGACCUGUCACUAUAGUGGUAUACUAACAUAAAAACGCACAAGAAUAAAAUAUUUCUCAAUAAACAAAGUAAGUCAUCUGAGUUUAUGUUUAAAUCUCUAUGGCAAUGCUGUGUGGAGUUGUCAUGUUAUUCUUCUCUUACAUAAUUUUCCAAUAAGGCUUUUGAUAUGAGGAACAAAUGUGUCCCUUCCCUCCUGCCAACUAUUUAAUCCUCACUCAGUAUUUUCUACAAAUUUCUAUACUACAAGUUUAUUGGUGUUUGUCUGGGGCACAGUAAAACUUGUAAUCUGAAUUCUCCUUGAAAAGUGGACAAACCUGAAUACACUUUCCUAAAAUAAUGAACAUUUGCAUGUGAAGAUAAAGAUAUCUCAUAUGUUUGUUUAUGGUUAGACAUUUGAUACUUGAGAUAUCAAUGCAGUUAAAUAUUUCUAGUUUACUUCUUUUCCAUUUCAAAUAGCUCCAUGUUUCUGAUGCAUUUAGUAUCUAACCCUGAUAGACAAUUAGCAAUAUGUCAGAUAUUAAUGACAUGCAUCAGUGGCCUUGUGGAUAAAAAAUGUUAUUACCUUUAGUUUAGAAACAAAGGUUCUCAGCUUAAUCCCUGUCUGGUGCUAUAUACACAUCUUGAAAUAAGACAUCAGGUAAUGACUAGAAAACAAACUGAUGUAAAAAAAAAAUAGUGUAGAUAUUACAAAAUAAAAUAUUU